AUGAGUUGGGUUGAGGUGGUGCCAAUGUCAGGAAUCCUCGGCGUGGAAAAGGCGCAAGCAGAUUACAAGAAGUAUAUACUCAACCCGGAUAUUGAUAAAAAGACGCUGGAGAUACUAUAUGGUCAAAUGGCGGACGCUUUGCUGGAACUCUGGAAGCUCGGCUUUGACCGUAUUGGUAGUCUGCGUCUGGAUGAAGCCGGAAAGUCUCAAUUGAAGGACCACCAUUUUGACUCGGCAUUUGAAUGA